GGUUCUCGCGAGAUCACGUAGUCUCGCGAGAAGAAGCUGCGGCGAAAGGAGCGGAGACGAUGGCAGAAGAACUGGCAAAGCAGCUUGCAGGCUACAAAGCCCAAUUGCUGCAGGUGGAGACGGCAUUAUCUGCCAAUGGAGAAAAUGAGGAUUUACUGAAGCUGAAAAAGGAUUUACAGGAAGUCAUCGAAUUGACUAAAGAUCUCCUUUCGUCCCAACCAUCAGAAGCCCCGGAAAAUGCAGACGAUCUCACAUCAACCAGUGGCACCCUUUCCUGGAAGGUUGGGGACAGAUGUAUGUCUGUAUGGACCGAGGACGGACAGUGGUACGAGGCCGAGAUUGAGGAGAUAGACGAAGAGAACGGGACAGCGGCCAUUACUUUCCUUGGUUAUGGAAAUGCAGAAGUGACCUCUCUGCUAAACCUGAAACAAUUGGAGGAGGGCAGGAAAGCGAAGGAAGACAGCGGCAGCCUCCCUAUGUCCAAGAAAGAAAUGAUCGCCCAGCAGAGAGAAUAUAAAAAGAAGAAAGCUUUGAAAAAAGCACAAAGGAUAAAGGAAUUGGAGCAGGAACGUGAGGAUCAGAAAGAUAAAUGGCAGAAUUUCAAUAACAAGGCGUAUUCUAAGAACAAGAAAGGCCAGGUAAAGAUAUCAGCUGUGAAGAGAAGCAUUUUUGCCUCACCGGAAAGCGUCACCGGCAAGGUUGGUGUCGGCACGUGCGGCAUCGCGGACAAACCAAUGACACAGUAUCAAGACACUUCCAAAUACAACGUUCGGCAUCUGAUGCCACAGUAAUGCGCCGGAGACCCUUAGGCCAGCAUCUUCUUCAUUUUUAUUGUUCUAUUUUUCUAAAACUAAAUUAUUUGUUGUCGUAUGAGGAAUAGCACGACUCCGUGUUCAUUAUUCGUCCCGAAGGCCUCAAGUCCUCCAUGUAGAACCAGGCGAUCUCUAAGGGGCUACAUAGAGAAGUGUAUGAGACGGAUGCCGCCUGUGUACUUGACUGAGAAGCCGUGCCAGUGUACACCUAGAUGUAAUCAGAAUCCGUGGUGGAUUUAAGGAACGUGACGACAUAAGCAACUGCUGUGAAAUCUGCGAAAAUCAGUGUUUUACAGCAGAUUUUGGUGCAACGUCCCUCACUGAAUGGCCGGUGACUUACACAUUAAUAGAGAUGAAUCCUCGUUAAAGGAAACUUUCUAAUAGACUAUAAGGUUCAGGUUCUUUCCACUUUAAAGAUCCCUGCUUGCUGUCAGUGAACAACACGUACCACAGCAGACUGGAUAUUACAAUUAUACCCAGUCCUCUGAUCAAGAGCACAAAUCUCAUCUAGAUAGUUUGCUGUAACAUGAGUUAGUUGGGGUCCACACGUGGUGGAAAGGUUUGUUUUGGUUUAUUUUUUUUGCGAAAUCUAGCAUACUUAUUAUGUUGGGCGAAAAGCCAUUGAUUUUUCUCUGAGGAUUUCACCCUCUGCAAUGCAUAGGGGGAAAUCCACAACAAAUCAGUAAUGGAAAAGGUUUGGAUAUAAGCCAGAAUGUUCGCGUUCACUGACAGCAAGCAGUAAUGCAGAGUGUAAAUCUGCAUAUAUAAUGUAUCUUGAACUGAUCUUAAAGAGGACCUUUCAUCAGUUUUUACUUCCUAAAAUAACUACCUCACGCAGUAGCCCAAGAAUAGGAGAUGUCAUUGUGCUUUUUUCAAAUAUUUUUCACUGAUCCACUCCUCCAUUGUGCGCUGUGCCCUCCAUUUUGCCCCCUGUAUACUAAUCUAUAGGGCAUCCGUACAGGGAGUAGGAGCUGUCCCGGCUGUGAGCUGUCCCGUUGCAGUGGACCUCUGAGAAAAGCGGCCGUCUCCUCCCUAUACCGAUGCUAUUGAUUAGCUUACGGGGCGCCAAAACUGAACCACAACAGAGGAGCGGAUUCAGUAAAAAAAAAGGCGCAGUAACAUCUCCUAAUCUUAGGCUGCUGCGUGAGGUAGUGAUUUUGGUGAGUAAAAAUUGAUGAAAGGUCCUAUUUAAGUUAUAGCACGUUAUUCUCCAGUCACAUCCAGAGCUGCUCUCACAUCUUAGCUGCAGGACGUCACCUCUUGCUGGUUCAGUAGCUGCAGAGCAUGCAGCUCGACAGGCAAGUUUCUGUGUUCAUGCAAAAGCAGCUGGAAUUGUGCAUGCUGCUCUGGAUGCAACUGGAGUAUAGGGCAUGCAGUAAGUUUAGGAGAAGCAAAUGAAAAUGACUUGACCUCAGUUCCUGAUGCGAAGGCAUGAUAUGUAAACGGUAAUGGUCUCCUCAGCGGUGGGUUGGGUGGCCCCACGUGUCCUGUAGAUAUGUCUUAUGUAUAUAUGUAGUGGAUUGUGCUAUGUUUCCACCCUUCCAGGUCAGUGGACUUCUCGCUGCCCCUGUGUAAAUAGGACAUUUGUACCUCUGUAACCUUGUACAGUUUCCGAUAUGUUCAGCGUGUCCGCUGCUUGGCCGCACAAUAAUGUGAGAACCAGAACACUGCAAAUUCAUCAUCCGUGGUUGUUAAUCGCCCAUCUGGAAGCUUUUUUUGUUUUUUUUGUCUUGUUUUUUUGUCCCCCUCACACCAAGUAUACCGCCUACGUUUCCUCACCACAGCCGUAUGCUGCCAGGAUCGAGGAUAUGAUCUCCCUCUUUUACAACAAGUGAAGUAUCGUCUAGCCCUCCCAUACCCUAUGUAUGGACACGUGACAGGAAGGGGGCGCUAGCGAGGCACAUCUCCAGCGACCGCUCAUUUCACAGGUAAACCAUUAUUAUGUGCUGGAUGGUGACUUAUUUUGUAUAACCAGUGUGAAUUUUGGUUUUGUAUGUAUCUUUUUACCAAAAUAAAAUGUUUUAAAA